AUGAUGAUGGGCGCUGGAAGUUGGAACCUAGCAUCAAAUGCACGAAAUCUAGGUUGUACAACAGCACUCCAAUACCUUCUGUUUUCAUUUUUAUUUGCUUCUGUCAUGUCAGGACGUGAAGCUUUGAUGGAUAACAAAGGAGAGUUUUUGCCGCACAUUCGACUAGCAAAAGACCUAACGGAUCCUCGUCGGUAUGACUCCAGGGUGCGCCCUACUGUUAAUCACUCCAUCCCUACCCAAGUGUCGUUUUCUAUGAGUUUAUAUCAAAUUCUAGCGAUUAAUGAAAAACAACAGAACGUUGACUUGAACGUUUGGGUCAUCCAAAAAUGGAGGGACGAUUUUCUUGGGUGGAAUCCUUACUUGUACGGAAUGAUUAACACUACUAUUUUACCAUACCAAGUCAUUUGGUUACCAGACACUUACUUAUACAACAGUGUCGUAAUGAACCGGGAAGAAACUGAGAGAUACAUUAAUGUAGUAGUAACAACCAAUUUCUGGAAAGGUGAAAGGGGAGCUGAAAUAAAAUUCAUGUACCCUGCAUUGUAUCGCACUAGUUGUUUAUUGGAUAUACGAUUCUUUCCUUAUGACCAACAGAUCUGUAAACUGACUAUAAGUUCAUGGACUUCGUCUAAGAGUGACAUUGAUUAUAUCGCUGAAUUCACCAGUGUCAAUCUCGAUAACUUCCUACCAAAUGAAGAAUGGGUUGUCAUAAGCUUUGAUAUUAACCGAGUGGAGCAAAAGUUCGUUUGUUGUCCGGAGCCUUGGGUCUUGUUGGAAGCUUCUUUGGUAGUCCGCCGUAAACCUCUGUAUUAUAUUGUGAAUCUCGUUAUCCCAACUUCUGUUAUAACGAUGGUCGCAGUCACUGGAUUUUUCACCGCAGCUUCCACAAGCUCAGAGAGGAGAGAGAAGUUAUCCUUGGGCAUAGAUUCUUUACUGGCUAUGUCUAUCUUGAUGAUGAUGGUAUCUGAACAAAUGCCUACAACUAGUGACUAUGUUCCCUUAUUCGGGUUGUUUUACUUAACAAUUAUUCUUCUAAUUUUUGUGGGAACUAUCUUUACCGCGUUCAUUCUGAACGUUCAUCUACAGAAAAUGUAUUCGAAGCCAGUUCCGCCUGCAGUGUCAUACUUUUUCUUCGCUAAAAUAGCGCGUUGGUUACGCAUGACUGCUCCAACAAUGCUUCUUGAACUAUGGGAUGAAACAGGUGUUAAGUUUGGUGAAGCAACAAAAAAGCGAAGAGUAGUAAAUCCUCCUGUCAAGCAAAAACGAUUACUACCAAGUGUUUCCAAAUGUGAACUUCUAACUAAAGAUACAUCUAAGUCAUCCAUCAGAUCUGCCACUGACAACAGCCAAAUUUCGUAUUUGAAAAAUCCUAAACCCGAAGAAACAUCGACAUCUAAAGCAAGAAAUAACUGGAGACGUUUGGCAGCUAAGGCCACAGGCAAAUAUCACGAAGACUCCUAUAAUGCAACAGAGAAAAGAAACGUACCUGAGCAAUUGAAGAUUGUUACCAGACCAUCGAUAGCCAGUGGAACUCUCACGGAGAGAGUAGCUCCGCCUAUUAUGCAUUGUGUGUCGGUUUUAUCUGCCACAGAAAACUCACUGUUGGAGUCGAAGUUGAAGAGAAGAUACGCUCUGGAAUGGGAAUUUCUGGCCACGGUACUCGAUCGACUACUACUAAUCAUAUUUUCCCUUCUCGUUUUCUUUGUUACUUUACUGAUGAUUGUGGUUGGAGAAGCGAUGCACUUGUCAUAUGAAAUUCAGAAUAAGUUGCAGCAGAGUCAAUUCGAAAGUUAA